UAACUAGUAUAUACAUCGUAGGGCGGGGGCAGGUGUAAAGAAGUGUGCCUUUGACGUCUGAAAGCCGGAGUAGCAUGGGGCCUCUCAUUUUCACUACGUUUCACCAAAUCAUUACGUUCAUCUACUGCUCAUGUCCGCCUAAUUUGGCACUUGAUUGACUUGAAGGCUUGUGUCUUUAAUCUUUAUAGCACCAUCUGACGUCUCCUGACUCGGCUUAGCGCUGGCUUCACGGAUGUCCGAGUCCUCGUUGCAUGUCAUGUGCAAACGGCGUCAAGACCAUAUCCAGCCUCGAUCCAACGAUAAUCAUUCCCGGAAGAUGAGAAACCCACGCAGCGUCAGUUUAUGCAUGAUUGAAAGAGAUAAGGAUCCUCUCACAGAGCCUUAUUCUCCACCCUGCGGGAGGUGUGCUUUUGCUGUUGUCAAUCGGUACUGCUCAGUUGUAGGUCACGUAUUCUGUCUGAAAUGUAUAAACGAGUGGGUCGGUGUCACCCCGCGUCAACGCAGAACCUGUACCUGCCCGUCUUGCAGCGCUGUCAUUACCAAAGGUACUUCAACAGCCUCAGUGUAGUAAAAUCUUUGCUCUCCAACCCCCUAUGGAUCAAGUGAGCUUGCGAAAGGUGUUCGUUCCUCAGAUGGAUUCGCUGGUACAUGAGCUUCAUGCAUUC